AUGUUAUCCGACAGAGUCACAUUUAUCACCAAAGCACUCAUCGUGGUUGGUCCCUACCUGGGACGUGCUGCCAUCCGGCGAGUUGCCGCCUAUGGUCACAGUUGGACAUGGAGAAACACACCAGACGCAAAGAAUAUUGUGGUACUAGGGGGAUCUUUUGCAGGCACCGAGCUUGUGCGAGGCUUGACCGAGACAUUGCCAACCGGCAAUAAGGUGGUGUGGAUUGAGAAGCACUCACACUUCAACUAUAUCUUCAAUUUCCCACGAUACUCAGUCUUAAAGAGACACGAGCAGAGGGCUUUUAUUCCGUAUGAUUUCAUCGCAACGGGGGCCCCUUUAGGCAUCCUCACGAGCAUCCAAGACGAGGCUAUCGCCAUAACAGAUGCUCAUGUCUUACUGGCAUCUGGUGAGAGGAUCGACUACGCAUGUCUCGCCAUUGCGACGGGGUCAACACAGCCGUUGCCUGCAAAUGUAUCAUGCAAUAAACGGAGUGAAGCAUGUCGAGAGCUCCAGGGUGCGCAGCAGACUAUCGAGGCGAGUCCGAAUAUUGCCGUUGUUGGCGGUGGUGCAGUGGGUGUCCAGCUUGCAAGCGAUAUCAAAGACUUCUUUCCGACCAAAGACGUUACACUGAUUCAUUCUCGAGAUCGGCUUAUGAACCGCUUUGGCAGCCGACUUCAGGACUACGUCUUGACUGCAUUGCGUGAUGAGCUCAAAAUACGCGUCUUGCUGAAUGAGAGACCGAAACUUCCCGUGGGAGGAAAUUUCGCUCAAUCAACUUCUCUGACAUUCUCGGAUGGCCACGAGGAAUUUGACCUGGUUAUCGGCUGUAUCGGCCAGCGACCCAACUCAUCUCUACUCAAAAUUUGUUAUCCUGACGCCAUCUCGAAAGAAAAUUCCCGUAUCCUAGUUCGACCUACACUCCAAGUUUUCAGUGCCACCAAUCCUACAAAAAACCUGCCUAUCUUCGCAUUUGGGGAUGUGGCCGAUCAUUCCGGUCCGCGAAUGGGGCGUGCGGGUUGGACACAAGCAGGUGUAGUGUUGGAAAAUAUUUUGUCCACGAUUCAAGGCCAGGCUGCAUCGCGUCGAUAUGUACCUGACAUCUUUAUUGAAGGUGCCAUUAAGUUAACAUUAGGGAAGACACAUCUAGUUUUCUACGCCGUGGAGAAUGGUGAGCAUGGGUCUGAUUUUCUGAUCCCUUCCAGAGAUGGAAAGCUGGAUCUCGAGGCUGAGAAUGCAUGGAAAGAAUACGGUGUCGACUUCAAGCAAUUGUGGAAAUGA